AUGUCACUUUCCAAUGAUACGCAGUACCACGUCUUCUUUUUGUUGCUGGGAAUUCCAGGAUUGGAAGCAUUUCACAUCUGGAUUGGCCUACCCUUUUGUGUUGUGUACCUGAUUGCACUCUUUGGAAACCUCACUAUUAUAUAUGUAAUUCAAGCUGAGAGCAGCCUACAUCAACCAAUGUUUUACUUUCUGGCUAUGUUGGCUAGCAUUGACUUGGGUCUCUCCACAGCUACCAUCCCUAAGAUGCUUGGGAUCUUCUGGUUCAACCUCAGAGAGAUAUUCUUCGAAGCCUGCCUUACCCAGAUGUUUUUCAUUCACAAAUUCACACUCAUGGAAUCAGCAGUCCUCUUGGCAAUGGCUUAUGACCGCUAUGUGGCCAUCUGCAAUCCACUUCGGUACAGCACCAUUCUCACCAAUAAGAUUGUUUCUCUAAUUGGUCUUGCUGUAUCAGUGAGGGCAUUCAUUUUUACCACUCCAUUUGUAUUUCUGAUUUUGAGGUUGCCUUUCUGUGGGAAUCAUGUCAUUCCCCAUACCUACUGUGAACACAUGGGUCUUGCUAGACUCUCUUGUGCCAGUAUCAAGAUAAAUAUUAUCUAUGGCUUAUGUGCAAUUUGUAAUCUUUUGUUCGACAUUGUAGCAAUUGCCCUGUCUUAUGUCAAAAUCCUCCGUGCUGUAUUCCGUCUUCCUUCUCGGGAAGCUCGACUCAAGUCCCUUAGCACAUGUGGAUCACAUGUAUGUGUGAUCCUUGCCUUCUACACACCAGCCCUCUUUUCAUUUAUGACACACCGUUUUGGCCGAAAUGUUCCCCGCUAUAUUCACAUUCUCCUGGCUAAUCUUUAUGUUGUAGUGCCACCAAUGCUUAACCCUGUCAUAUAUGGAGUCAGAACUAAACAGAUAUAUACUAGAAGUAGAGUGAUUCAAAUCAUAUGCUAA